AUGAGCCCAGCCAGCUACACCGUGGCUAUGUGGCAAGACACAGUGCAAGGAGAGAGACGUAGCACGCAGGUUGGUCCCUGUGGGCAUGCAUGUGGGGUGGUGGGAGGUGAGGCCAACUGUCUGCCGUGUCUGCAAAAUGCCUGUGUGGAGGAUAGCAACGCAGCACCUGCCUUUGCAACUGCUGCAACUGCUUCUGCUGCUGGUGCCUCUGGUGCUUCUGCUACUGGUGGUGCUGCGGCCCUUGGUGCUGCUGCCCUUGGUGCUGCUGGUGCCAUUGCAGCUGCUGCUGAGGCACCUGGGAGCAGCAGCAGUGGUGUGCCCUCUGCCGCCCCUCGACCACUCCCGCCGCUCCCGUCCGCCAGCGACUUCUGUCCCAUCUGCUGGGUGGAGCCGAUCGCUGCCACCCCAGCCAUCCGCCUGUUGUCCUGCGGCCACGUGGUCCACCAAGUGGAGGGGUUGGCAGAGGAGAAGGUGAGAGCUGGGGAGGGGCUUGGGGAUGGGGAGGAGGCCAACGGGAAUGAUGGUCUUGGGAACGGUGUGUUGGCAGUGGUGUUGCAUCGGUUGCUGUUCUUCCUCUGCCCCCGCUGCCACCACCCGUACUUUGGUGGCGACCGGAGGUGCGGUGCUGGACCUGCUGCUGCCGAGCCUGAGAAUGAGGAUGUGGAGGAUCGGGAGGGAGUGGAGAUGAAGUCACCAGCAACUACCGCCAAAGGCGGUAAGGGCGGGAAAGGAGGGAAAGGGGGAAAGGGAGGCAAGGGGGGGAAACGCAGCGGCCGGCACGGGGCAUCGGCGAGCAAACAGCCGUCGAUUCAGGCGAAGCGGGAGCAGCAGCAGCAGCAGCUGCAGCAGCAACAGCCAGAUCAGCAGUCAGCGCAAACUCCGCAGAAAGUUAUCUACGCGCACGGUGCGCAGCAGCUAGACCCCGCGCGGAUAACUUCCGCCGCAUCUCCGCUCUCCGCAUCCGCAAACCCCGCCAUCAAAAGCGAACAUGGGUCCGCGCCUGCUACCGGUGGCGGAACCGUCGGGGGAGGCGCAGGAGCAUCGGGGGCAGAGCCGGGCGUGGAGCGGCCGGCAGCGGGGGGAGCGGCGGUGGCGGGGGAAGGGGGAGGCUUGGCGGGUCCGCUUGAGGUGGGCGCGCGGGUUAGCGCGCGGUGGCGGGACGGGAAGAUGCAUCCCGCGAAGAUCAUCGAACGGCGGAAGGCGGCGGGGGGCGCGGACGAAUACGAGAGAGCACCCCGUUACCCGGAGAGCACCCCGUUGCCCGGAGAGCACCCCGUUGCCCGGAGAGCACCCCGUUGCCCGGAGAGCACCCCGUUGCCCGGAGGUGCUGGACUUGCACUUGGACGUGCUUGCGGAGCAGUCAACCGGCGAUUGGACGAGUGGAUCCCGGUGAGCAGCAUCGACCAAUCGUCUGUCAACACGGCGUGUGAAGAGAAGGCUGAGGAGAAGCAUGGCAGCGGAGUGAAGAUGACACGUCAUCAGAAGAGGAAGAUAGACGAGCUACACAUAGAAGAGGGCCAUGAGGAUUUCGAUGCUGCAAGCUUGCGAGAGCAUGAGGAGUUCACAAAGGUGAAGAACGUUGCGGUGAUAGAGCUGGGGCGGUACGAGAUGGACACGUGGUACUUCUCGCCCUUCCCCCCCGAGUACGCGCACUGCUCCAAGCUCUUCUUCUGCGAAUUCUGCCUCGCGUUUCUCAAACGCCCCUCACAACUGGAACGCCACAUGCGCAAGUGCGACCUGAAGCACCCACCGGGGGACGAGAUUUACCGCAACGGCUCCCUCUCCAUGUUCGAGGUGGACGGCAAGCGCAACAAGGUGUACUGUCAGAACCUGUGCUAUCUGGCGAAGUUGUUUCUGGAUCACAAGACCCUCUACUACGAUGUGGACCUCUUCCUCUUCUACAUCCUCUGCGAGUGUGAUGAACGCGGCUGCCACAUCGUCGGUUACUUCUCCAAGGAGAAGCAGUCAGAGGAGGGUUACAACCUGGCCUGCAUUCUCACGCUGCCGCCCUACCAACGAAAGGGAUACGGAAAAUUUCUCAUCGCCUUCUCCUAUGAACUUUCCAAGAAAGAGGGCAAAGUAGGCACACCCGAGCGCCCUUUGUCUGAUCUUGGCCUCCUAAGCUACCGCGGGUACUGGCUGCGCGUGCUGUUGCGCAUCCUGAAGCACCACCGCGGCAACCUGUCGAUCAAGGAGCUGAGCGACAUGACAGGCAUCAAGACGGAGGACGUCAUCUCCUCGCUGCAGUCGCUGCACCUCAUCCAGUACCGCAGGGGACAACACGUGAUCUGUGCUGACCCGAAAGUAUUGGACCGACAUUUAAAAGCAGUGGGAAAACCGGGGUUGGAAGUGGAUGUGUCGAAGCUCAUCUGGACGCCAUACAGGGAGCAGGGAGGGUAA